AUGUGACAAAUAAGAAACGUUAACCAACCUUAUCGCCAAGACGCCAAUAAAUAUCGAACCAUUUGCCACCCCAAUUAUUGCAAUUCACUCUCCUCCUCAUCCAUCUUCCCACUAAGUUCUCAGGCGAUAUCUGACGGAUCUUAAAGGCCAAGAUGUCUUGGGACGACGGAAAGCACGCCAAGGUGAAGAAAGUUCAGCUCACAUUUGAUGACGUCAUCAGAUCUAUCGAGGUGGAAUACGAGGGAACCAACCUUAAGUCCCAGCGUCGUGGCACUGUCGGCACCAGAUCAGACGGAUUCACACUGAGCACGGACGAGUACAUAACAAGUGUGUCUGGUUACUACAAAACCACUUUUUCGGGAGACCAUAUAACGGCGCUAACGUUUAAGACGAACAAGAAGACAUAUGGGCCUUACGGAAACAAAACUCAAAACUACUUUUCAGCUGACGCACCCAAAGAUAGCCAAAUCGCUGGGUUUCUAGGAACCAGCGGCAAUGCUCUCAGCUCCCUCGACGUUCACUUUGCUCCCAUUCCUACCCCUGGUAGCAUCAAACCACAACCUGGAGGCUCUGGAACCGGCGGUGGCGGUUCAAAACCUGGUGGUUCUGGAAAUGAAUCUGGUGGUGGUGGCGGUGGCGGUGGUUCAAAACCUGGUGGUUCUGGAAAUGAAUCUGGUGGUGGCGGCGGUGGUUCAAAACCUGGUGGUUCUGGAAAUGAAUCCGGUGGUGGCGGCGGUGGCGGCGGUGGUGGUUCAAAACCUGGUGGUUCUGGAAAUGAAUCUGGUGGUGGCGGCGGUGGUGGUUCAAAACCUGGUGGUUCUGGAAAUGAAUCUGGUGGUGGCGGCGGUGGUGGUUCAAAACCUGGUGGUUCUGGAAAUGAAUCUGGUGGCGGCGGUGGUUCAGGAAAUGAAACCGGUAAUGAUGGACCAGGAAAGAUUGGACCGCUUGGUGGUGAUAAGGGAAAUGUAUUUGACGAUGUUGGUUUCGAAGGUGUGAAGAAAAUAACCGUCGGAGCAGAUCAGUACAGUGUAACAUACAUCAAGAUCGAGUACAUAAAAGAUGGACAAGUUGUUGUCCGUGAGCAUGGGACAGUUCGUGGGGAACUCAAAGAGUUUUCAGUGGACUAUCCGAACGAUAAUAUCACGGCCGUUAGUGGAACCUACAAACAUGUUUACACCUAUGAUACGACGCUUAUCACAUCGCUUUACUUCACAACCUCCAAAGGUUUCACCUCUCCAUUAUUCGGUAUCGACAGUGAAAAGAAGGGGACAGAAUUCGAGUUCAAAGGUGAAAAUGGAGGAAAGCUUCUUGGGUUCCAUGGACGUGGUGGUAAUGCGAUUGAUGCCAUUGGAGCUUACUUCGACACCGGUUCACAAGGAGGUAAGGGCGGCGGCGGCGGUUCACAAACCGAUGUCCCAGGGAAGAAGGGACCUCUUGGUGGUGAAAAAGGAGAAGAGUUCAACGAUGUUGGUUUCGAAGGUGUGAAGAAAAUUACCGUUGGAGCCGAUCAAUACAGUGUAACUUACAUCAAGAUCGAAUAUGUGAAAGAUGGAAAAGUCGAAAUCCGUGAGCACGGGACAAGUCGUGGGGAACUACAAGAGUUUUCAGUGGACUAUCCUAACGAUAGUAUUACGGCCGUUAGUGGAACCUACAAACAUAUUUUCACCUAUGAUACGACUCUCAUCACAUCGCUUUACUUCACAACCUCCAAAGGUUUCACCUCUCCAUUAUUCGGUAUCAACAGUGAGAAGAAGGGAACAGAAUUCGAGUUCAAAGGUGAAAAUGGAGGAAAGCUUAUUGGUUUGCAUGGACGUGGUGGUAAUGCUAUUGAUGCAAUUGGAGCUUACUUUGACACCGGUUCACAAGGUGGUGACGGAGGCGACGUCCCUAGUAAAGACGGUCCUAACACUGAUGUCCCCGGGAAGAAGGGACCGCUUGGUGGUGACAAGGGAGAACCAUUCGACGAUGUUGGUUUUGAAGGUGUGAAGAAAAUAACCGUCGGAGUAGACAACUUAAGCAUAACUUAUAUCAAGAUCGAAUACGUAAAAGAUGGAAAAGUUGAAGUCCGUGAGCACGGAACGGCUCGUGGGAAACUACAAGAGUUUUCAGUGGACUAUCCAAACGAUAGUAUCACGGAAGUUGCUGGAACCUACAAACAUAACUACACCUAUGAUACGACGCUUAUCACAUCGCUUUACUUCACAACCUCCAAAGGUUUUACCUCUCCGUUGUUCGGUAUCGACAGUGAAAAGAAGGGAACAGAAUUCGAGUUCAAAGAUGAAAAUGGAGGAAAACUUAUUGGGUUUCAUGGACGUGGUGGUAAUGCUAUUGAUGCUAUUGGAGCUUACUUCGACACUGGUUCUAAACCUGGUGGCAAUGGCGACAAUGGAAGUGGUUCCAACAGCGGUUCUAGUCCUCAAAAACUUGACGCACAAGGCGGCAAGGGAGGCAACCAAUGGGACGACAGUGGUGAUCACGAUGGUGUGACGAAGAUACAUGUAGCAUAUAGUCGAGUGAUUGAGCAAAUCAAGUUCGAAUAUGUCAAGAACGGAGAGACAAAGGAAGGACCUGCCCAUGGUGUGAAAGGAGGAGCUAGAACUAUUAUUGGAACGUUUGAGAUAAGUCAUCCCAACGAGUAUCUCCUGUCCGUGAAAGGUUGGUCCGAUUCAUCCAACAAGAUUGUCGGGAUUCAGUUCACAACCAACACAAAGACUUCAGAUUAUUACGGGUUUGAAAAAUAUCCUGGAGAUGAAGGUACAGAUAUAUUACUUGAAGUGAAAGACAAGAAGAUUGUCGGCUUCCAUGGCUUCGCCGACAAUCAACUCAACUCUCUUGGAGCUUACUUCGCUCCCAUCGCCUCAACUCCAUUGAAACCUAGCAAGAAGCUACAAGCAGUAGGUGGUGAUGAAGGAGCUUCAUGGGAUGAUGGUGCUUUCGACGGCGUUAAGAAAAUACAAAUAGGGCAGAACAAUGAUGGUGUGUCUUUCGUGGCGGUCGAGUACCAGAAUGGCUCUCAGAAAGUUGUUGGUGAUGGUCAUGGCAAACAAUCACCGCUUGGAGUUGAAACGUUUGAGCUUGCGGAUGGUGAGUACAUUACGUCCGUGGGUGUCUACUAUGACAAAAUCCAUGCAGAGGGACGUGGUGUGACAGUGGUGACGAGUUUAAUAUUCAAGACUAAUAAGCAGAUAUCUCAACCAUUUGGAAUGACUGGCGGAGAAUAUGUUGAGCUUAAGGAAGAAGGUAACAAGAUCGUUGGGUUCCAUGGAAAAUCUAGCGAUUGGGUUCAUCAAAUUGGAGUCUAUGUUGCACCAGUCACCAAAUGAAAAGCUUAUUGUGGGUUGGUUCUUUGAUUUCCAAAUAUGAAUAAAGUUAUGUCAGAGGUCUACUAGUGGAUUUGAGGUCUCUUGAUGGGCUAUGUUUUCUGUUUGUGCUUGGGUGUUAUGUUUGUGGUUUAAGUGUUAUGUUUGUGUUGUCGCUUGUGGAUUUUAAUAAAAGGAGGUUUGUGUGAA